UGAAUUAUUUAUAAUGAAGCCGCAUACGCACUACCAGAGAUAGUUCUCUAUUCAGUCAACAUAGAUCGUGUAUGACCAUUAAUGGAACAUUAAUAUGUAUAACAGGCGCUGAUAUCAGAGUGUAUCCAUACAUUGCAAUGGGAUGGAGGUAUAUCGUCUUCAAGUGACACUAAAUGUCGACCGACCAUUCUAUGAUAGUUCAUUGCCACACCCGAGUGUUGAAUGUCACAAGGAAAAAAGAUCCAGAUGAAGGAGUUAUCGCAACGAUUAUAGUAUAUCAAAUGGAAAUAUUGGAUUCAUAAGGUAAAAUAACUCCCAUCCAUCUCCCUGGAAGAUGAACACCGCACUGCUGUAAAGAGGUAGGCGAACAGCACCGUGUCAAUUAAUUCUGAUUAAUAGAAUAAAUUGACAUCAUGAGAAAGACACUGCAGAAAUGGUCGGUGCUUUUGGCAACCGUCUUUACCAUUGGUAUAUGCAUCUCCCAGCUAGGCAAAUCGCAUGUCUACAUUGCAACAGAAGGAUUGAUAAGAACCAACAUAACAGAAUAUGAUCAUAAUUCACUUGCAAAUUUUGAACCCGACAAACCUUCCACGACGAGAUCAAUGCUCGGCUGGAUGACAAAUUCCAAAUGGAGACCUGGAACUAAGUUGGAUAUCUACGACUUUCUGAUUAAUCCUGUAGAUACGUGCAAAACCGAAACUGUUAAUAUCACGUUACUUGUCUUGAUCAAAUCAGCACCAGGUAAUGGACAACGAAGGGAUGCUGCAAGACGAACAUACAUAAGAGGAGCAUCAGAUAUGAAUGUAUCAGCCAGAAUGUUGUUUGUUGUCGGACACUCCGAGUCAGAGGAUGAAAGAGAAAACCUUCAAAAAGAGGCUCAAGCACAUGGGGAUAUCCUUGGAGUAAGCUUCCUUGAUCAUUAUUACAACCUCACUAUCAAAUUAAUUAUGGGAUUCAGAUGGGCCGCUAUGUUUUGCAGUAAUAGUGAUUUUAUACUCUCGAUGGAUGAUGAUGUAAUGGUUGAUAUCGUGACCCUGGUCAAUGACCUCGAUGCUUUACCUGUGAGGAAUCGUUCGAAAUUCGCUUUGGGGAGAAGGGCAGAGGGUUAUUCACCACAUCGUAACAGUACAAGUAAAUGGUACAUACCUGAAGAACUCUACCCAAACGAGUUCUACCCUCCCUUCCCAUAUGGAAAUGGAUAUAUCCUGUCGCAUGAUGUUGUCGAAAAACUUUGCUUGAUGUCCAAAAAAUCACCAGCAAGAAUACCAUUUGACGAUGUUUAUUGUGGUAUAUUGUUGGACAAGUUGGGAAUCACAAUCUUAAACCGUAAAGACUGGUUUAGGAAUCGCCACCCCCAAAAGCGAUAUCGCGACUACUUUAAAGUUGAGUUGACUGGCAAACGAAUGGAUUCCGCUUGGAAGAUGUUUAAAAGAGACAUUUGACGGAUAACAAACUACAAGCUAGGAAAAAGGAAAAAGUCACAAUUUUGAAUCUUUAUUGGUGCAAACAAAAUGCAACCAUAGGAGCAUUUUUUUUUGUUGGGGGGAUAAACAUAUGUUAUUAUGGAGUUCAACCAGUAGGCAACAAGAAUUUGGAAAUACACGUCUGAACUAGUCCUUUAACCUUUCCGAUACGAGUCUAGCAAUAUAUUUUUUUUUCUUUUUCUAUUUGUUGUUAAUAUAAAGCAAGAUGCAUGAAGCCCAUAUCGUCAUGAAGCGUCUAUCAUCCCCACUUGUUGUCCUCUAUAUUAAUGUAAGCAUAGGCUGUUUCCACACACUUUGCUGUUUCUAACUAAUAUAGAAAGGCAAUCCUAUGCGCAGCAUCCAUUAUUCCGCUCUCAAUAAUUUGUUCCGCACGACGUGGUAAUGAAAUUGCUGCAUGAUGAUUUUUUUUUUCGCAUGAGCAGUACUUUAAUAGGGUAGAUGGAUGCAUUAGAUUAUUAAAUGUACAAGCCUACUUUACAUUUUUCUGAGAAAACUAAAUAUUAUACUUUGUAGCUGUAGCCGUAAAAUGAGUUCUACUAGACGGAAUGGUAUCAGAUAAUAGGCUCUAUACACGGUUUCAAACAUGUGAUAUUGUAUUAGAAGAUUUUGCCAUUUUUAUGAUAUUUAAUUUUGUCAUGUCAACUUUUCUUAAAUGAAAUACAUAUACAUGUGUAUUCGCCAGUACUUCGGUAUAUUUUGUUCCGCACGACAUGACAACGGAAUGGCUGUAUCGAUAAUGUUAUUUCUUUUCGAUUGAGUAGUGCUUUUUUUUACAUUAGCCUUGGUCAGACAUGGGAUCCUAGUCGGGAUAAAAAUAAAUAUGCAUUUAUUACACUUCCAAAAGUAUAUUUCAUAUCAAAACCAAGACAAAGACAGAGUUAUUCUGACCUUCUUCCAAUUGAGGUACUCCUACUGGCUUCCAGUUGUAUCUUUGUCGGAGUAACUUUGUUCAGAGGGGCAUUACUCCGAUCUUUCCUCCAACUGGGCUUCACCUGGCCCUGCUCCAGCUAAAACAGCCUUCAACGAUUUGAGCAAUUCCAAGCAAAAGUGGACAUUUACCAAAAAUUUAUAUUAGCUCCAUUUCAAAUCUGGAUCAAAUUUUUAUUUCAAAACUCAUUCAAUUUAACAGAAAUCUAUUGCUUGUUUUGUAAAGUUUUCUUUUGGAUAAUCUGAAGGUCAUAAUUCUACAUCAUAUCAAAAAAAUACUAAAAUAUAAGUUCAUUUUACAUUGCCUGUGCGUGGAUAUUUCUUAUGUCACUCUGUAACCGUCACAUCACCGGGUAUGGGU